CUCACCCCCUUUCUGGCUGCUCCCGCCGGUCCAGGCUCCGAGCCCGGAAGUGGAUAUUGCGGCUCGGCUAAGAGGACGAGGGGGAGGGGGAAGUACUUCCGGGGAAACGGGCCCCGGGUUGGUGUUUGUAAACUUGCCUCGGUCCCGGCAGGGCAGCGACGGCCACGGGGUUGGCACGGUGCGCUGGGACCUGGAGGAGGCGCCGCGCGGCGGGGGAGACUGCGAGAGGCCGCGCCUGGCAGGUUUCUGAAACAGAUCGUGAACUUCAACGAGAGGAUUCAGUUGGAAAAUCAAGACUGGCAAGCUUUUUCUUCAGACCAUAGGCAGGAUCCAGGCAGAGUCCAGGGAUUCUUGGAACACCCAUCUUCCCCUUGGAGGACACUAAGCUCUGUCUGAAGACAAAGGCAAUUCAAUAUGGCAGCAGGACUGAAGGGACAUGAAGGAGUUGUUACAGUGAUUUGGUGACAGUUCUUCAAACAACAGUGUCUUAGGAAAGGUGGAUUGAGAAACUCCUGAACUUUUGGGUUGCAUAAGUGAGAAAUCAGCAUGGCUCAGGUAAAAAGCUAUAGAAUCCUCCUCCUUCAAGAUCACUGGGAAGCGUGUUUGCAGUUUCACUCUUGAAUGCUGUCCUAGUCAACAUAUUGACCAACCCAGUGAGCCAAGCUCUGUAUUAAGCACCAGGGGGAGAUCUAGAGGAAGGAAAGGAGACAGGCCACAGCCCCUGCCUUCAGGGAGCUUCCAGUCAAAUGAAGGAGGCAAGUCUCCUGGCUUGUGAAGGCCUAGCAGGUGUGAGUUUGGUUCCCACUGCAGCCAGCAAGAAGAUGAUGCUGAGCCAGAUUGCCAGCAAGCAGGCCGAGAAUGGAGAGCGGGCAGGUAGCCCUGAUGUGCUGAGGUGCUCGAGUCAGGGCCACCGAAAAGACAGCGAUAAGUCCCGUAGUCGCAAAGAUGAUGACAGCUUGGCUGAGGCCUCUCAUUCAAAGAAGACUGUUAAAAAGGUGGUGGUAGUGGAACAAAAUGGUUCUUUUCAAGUAAAGAUUCCCAAAAAUUUUAUUUGUGAACACUGCUUUGGAGCCUUUAGGAGCAGUUACCACCUCAAGAGGCACAUCCUAAUUCAUACUGGUGAGAAGCCAUUUGAGUGUGAUAUAUGUGAUAUGCGCUUCAUCCAGAAAUACCACCUGGAGCGUCACAAGCGUGUGCACAGUGGCGAAAAGCCCUACCAGUGUGAACGGUGUCAUCAGUGUUUUUCUCGGACAGAUCGAUUACUCAGACACAAACGGAUGUGCCAAGGGUGCCAGUCCAAGACUUCCGACGGGCAGUUUUCUCUAUAGGCGCAAGGGGUCCUGGGUGGUGGGAGUGAUCAGAAGAAUUUACCGAAGAGCGCACCCCCUCUGGUCUGAUGGUCCCACCACCACCCCAUCUGUACCUGUCCCCCUCCUGGAGGAGUGGACCCAGGAGACCAGAAGAGUGCAUCAGGGGACAGCAGCCUCAGAGCCUCAGCUCUGUAAAUAAUCUGAGACUAUGAGUAUCUCGGGGAAGUUCCUACAGCAUUCCUGGGUAGGGAAGCUAGUCCCUGGACCCUUGGCUGAGGUUAUAGGUGGGGACUCAAGGUACAGGACCAAGACUGGUGUGGCUCCCACAACCUUGGACUCCAGCUGGCAGCUGAAAUGGAAAGGAUUGGGGAGAGGGAUUUGUUUGUUUGUUCUAUUCUUGUUUUUGUUUAUUCAAAAGCAAUUUUAGCAGGUACACUGUGGAUAAAGGUAAUAUGGAGGCAUAGAGCCCUGGUCAAAGCAGGGACUAUGGCUGGUCCAGCCCUCCCCAAAACUGAGUUUUUAGUUGCAGUUGAUCCUCAGUGUUCUGCAGCCCUGCACCUCACCUCCUGUUUGAAGGAGAGUAGGAUCAGGGAUGGCAGCUGAGCUUACUUUGGCCUCCUUAUACACUGUAGGGACAGAAGGAAGAAUGGUGAGAGGAGCAGACGAGGGCUGGGUCCAACCGGAGUGGACAGGUACCUCUGAUUUCCUUCGGGAAAGAGCAAGAAUUGUGCCCAGGGCUGAUGUAAUGGCCCAGGCCACACUGGUACCUAAUGGGGUCAGCUCAAGUGCCUUUUGGAGGAAACUUGGGUGAGAGUGGCCCAUGAAGCCCUUCCGUGCCCCUUUUGGGCACUCCAUCUUGGACAUGGUUUGUGGCUACCUCGCUGCCAUUGACUCCUGAGCCAGACAAAGGUGUCGAGCAGGUAGUCAUGGAUAUCAAAGUGGGCUCUCUCUCCUUGUGCCCUCUUAGGAACAACCCGAGACUAGUCCCAAGUUGGGCAACAACUGUUCAAGAAACAAAGGAGUUUGGUGUCCCCUAACAUGACUGUUGAGCAGUGUGAGCUGCUUUCCCUGCCCAGUCCUAUCACUGUAUUCAGGUAAAGGAGAUAGGGGUGUGGCUUUUGGUCCCAAAGAACAAGAUCUUGACUUCCUUCUUAAUGGCCAUCCCUACCCGACAAAGAAUGCAGGGGAGGGAGGUGCUGCAGAGAAAGGACUGAGGAGGAAACCUUUUGUGGGUUUUAUUGUUAACUGUAUUCUUUGCUCCUCUCUGCCCCAACACCACCACCUUAUCUGCCCCCAAAAAAGUGAUCAGGGGUGUGUGUGUGUGUGCGUGCGCACGUGUGCAUGAGUGUGUUCAUUCACAUGUGUGCUUGUGGUUGUAUGCUUGGAGAUGGCAUAUUAUUGAGCCAAACCCUUUUCUGGCCCUCAACUCAGGGGAGGAUGACAUAAAGCAGCCCCCACCACCACCACCAUGAAGGGUGCUUGGGGUCCCAGCAAGAGCUGAGGAACUCAGUUUGGGGGACUGAAGGGCUUUGUUUUGGAGGGAGUUUUUUAGAUUGAUUUAACAGGCUGGUUAGGGUGUUUAACCCAAGCCAGAGCUUGUGAACAUGAAUUUUCUAAAGUGAAAUAAGAAACCCUUUUCCUGCUAUGGAAGGUUCAGGGGGUUGAUUGACCCCCACUGUGGCCUGCCCUGACCUGUUGGGGGAGUAAUCAUGGCAUAAUCCUGGAUGCUUGGUGAACCUGACCAAGGUGUCAGUGGGGAUCUGAGAUGGCAACUCCGGGAAGUGUGAUUUCAUUUCCUCCAAAAUGUAGGGAACAGCAGCAGAAAAUUCCUAGCUGUUACCUAAUCAGGAGGAGAUUGGGGCGGGGCGGGGGGUGGGGGGGUGAAGCGGGGGGCGUCCAUACCUCUGAAAUGUGAGGAUUCCAGGGAAAAAGAAAGGUGUGGCACCUUUCAGAUUUUCCCUGAUGGCACCUGAGAUCCUUUGGGAGAGACAUUAGGGAAUGUGUUUGCCACCUGUGCUCUUCUAGCUUUAUGUCGGCACUUCCAUUUGAUAGGGUCCAGAACCUAGACCUCGGUCCUUGGAGCUGCCCUGUUGUCCCUGCAAGCAGGUUAUCUUCCUGUGUGUGAGUGAGCCCCUUUCCUGUUAGAGGGCUCUGCUGGGGCCAGAGUUGAUCAUUCACAUCUGGCAGUGUAUUCUCAGAAGGAGGCUACAUUCAGAAAACAGUUGUCCCAUGAGCACUUUUGAAAAUAGGAGGCUUUGUUCACUGUCACUUGCAGCUAAUCUGUGUAGAGUUGGGGUGUGGGUGGCUAGAGUCCCAGGAGUGACCUAUGCGCCUACGUGUAUGGACGUGUGCUUAGGUCAGAAUGUGCCCUGGCCCCCCACAGCCUCAGCCUUUUGCCUGGGUGGGUGGGAGAGAGGGAAUGUGUGAGCAGAUGUGUGAAGAACCGUACCGGAAGCACCCCUGCCAAGGAUUGGGUGUGGGGGAAACUCAGGAGCAGGUGGUUCGUUCAGUUGUCCAGGUGUUGAGGAUCUGGGGCCAGUGAUGUGUGAGGAGAAAGGAGCAAAGAGGUGAAAAGGAGUGAUUCAGCCCCCCCCCCCCCAGAGGGUCCAGGAGCCCCACUUACACCCCAGGGAAACCACAGCCUAAGAGCGCUUGCAGAGGCUCCUGGGCCCAACACCCCAGCCCUCCUUAGCUGGUGGGGCCUAGCACUGGACAGAUGCCUCAGGUGCGUGUGGAGUGAAGGGAAAGGGAGAUAGGGCAGGCUCUCAGAGACCAGGACAUGGAAUUUGGGGACCUGGGAAAGAGAGUAGCACCCGUUCCAGGUGGGCCACUGUACCAGGCCCUACUAGCCCUGCCCUGCACCCAUCUCUUCUCCGUCCACCCCCCUACAGCCUUUCAUCACUUAGCUACUGAUUGUGCCCCAUGGCUUGACAUUGGAGGGUUAAAUGAGACAUGGGGUCCCACCACAACUUCUAACCCUCUCCCCAGAUGCUCUUUGCCUCUGCUGCAGUCCUGGGGCUUUUAUCUUAACAAUCCCUCCUACUCUUCCUCUUUCCCUCCCACCUUCCCUCCCUCCCCCCCCCCACCCUUUUUUUUUUUUUUUAAUAUACUUAUUUUGCUAUUGGGGGAGGGGAAUAUCAAAUGAACAAGAUCACUUUUAAAUGGUAGUUUUUAUAAGAUGUUAUAAACUUGUAUCUUUUUACCAUUAAAGUGCAGUGUAUGUUCCUUCGUGAUAUAUUUAGGAUAUUUAAAUAAAAAGAAAAUGGGGCUUUUCUA